AUGGCAGACGAACCUUCAGUCACUAGCUGGUCUUUCCUGUUUGGAAGAAAAAAAGAGCCAGAGGUGAAAGCUGCGGCAGCAAAUGGACAGAUCACUGAUGAAAGAGCUCAAUGUAAUGGGAACUUGUCUAAUGGGACAUCAAAUGGAAAUGGGCACGUGAAGAACACGUCUGACUUGGCCAUUUACGAGCAAUUUCAGAAUAAGGUAUUCCCAAUUGCACAAAAAAAAAAAAAAACCGUUUUCAUAUCCCUGUUGUUAAAGAUGGACUUAGGUUUAUAA